AUGGAACUGCCAAAUAAAUCAGCAAAGUUGGAAUUUUUUAGAGAUCUUCCGAAGUCCAUAUCUCAUAAAAUCCUUUCUUUGCUUGAUAUUAAGGAUGUUGCACGAGUUUCUACAUUGUCUAGGACAUGUAGAAAGCUUUGUUUGUCGUUGCCAUUCUUGACCAUUAAUUUAGAGAGUGUUGAUGCCCAAGGAUUUUACAGGUUUAGCUCGUUUCUACACAGGUUUAUGUCCCUGCGUAAUGGGGUUAGUAUACAACAAUUUGAAGUAGAAUUAUAUAGUCAAAGAGGUGUUAUUGAUGAGCAAAUUCACAUCGGUAACUGGGUACUUGAGGCAAACAAGUGUAAUGCUGAAAAGAUUUGUUUGCACCUGUUUAAAUUUAGAACCUUCACUUUUCCUAGUGGUGUAUUGAACUCCGCACGUUUAAGAGAUUUGGAGGUGUGGCUUAGUCCAAGAGGCUUGCUAAAUUUGCCCACCACCUCGUUUGGGGGGCUUCAGAAUUUGAUAUUGAGAGAUAUGCGUCUUACGAGUAUGUUUUGUGAAUGGAUUUCCGGCUGCAAGUCAUUGAAGACUCUACACCUUCAUAAUGUUGCUGGUAUAAAUGAGCUCAACAUUACUUCUUCAUCACUUGGAGACUUAAUGCUCGAGGACAUGCAAAUUCCAAGUACACGUAAUUUCACCAUCAAUAUUUCUGCAGAGAGACUUCAUAAUCUGCAAAUAGUUUGGCUGUUUGAAAGGGAACCUUUACAGUCACUUACAUUGCGUGCUCCAUAUCUUAAACAGUUUUCGUGGGGUGGACGCGUUUGUCGUUACUCUUGUGAAGGAAAUUUAGAUUGCUUGUGCUAUUCUGAUAUAUCUAUAGAUUUCAACAAAGAUGAACAUGGUGACUUGAAUGAAGGAAUCAUUGGUGAUGUUCUUCGAUCAAUGUACCGAGUUUCAUCAUUCAGUAUACAUGAUAAUUCUAUUAAGGACAUUUCUUCGCAAGAGAUGCUGCCGGAAUUUAGCAACUUGCAUUCAUUGACUAUAGUACGCUCUGAUUCUAGUGACAAAAUCCCAUCCACAGUUUCCUUACUCAAUUUGAUGCCACAUUUAAAUACUUUGAAAAUAGAGGGUUAUCACUUUUCCAAAGAGGAGAAGAAGAUAUAUUAUAGUGCAGAGUAUUGGGAGUCCCAAAAUCUGAAAUUUGUCCAUUCAUUGAAGGAAGUAGAAAUGCAGAUUAGCGGAGAGCAUAAUGAGAUGGAGCUGAUCAAGUACUUGCUCAAAAAUGCAGAAGCAUUGGAAAAGAUGACGAUUCGUUAUUAUACAAGUAAAUCAAAUCUUAGAUACUGUGAGAUUAGUGAAAAGAUUCAACAGUUCCAAAUAGCUUCUUCCUCUAUUGUUAUAUAUUUCUUCCAUAGACCAGAGUGA